GAGCGGCGGCCGGGGCGGCGGCGUCGGGGGGCGGCGAGCGGCGGGUCCGGCUUUGCCCUGCCAGGACCUGCCGGGUUCCAUUCACGCCAACAAGUUUGGGAGAAUGUUGAGUUCAAUCACGCCGGAGCCGCGAUGGAGCGCAGCGCACUGCAGUGGGUCGGCGCCCCGUGCGGCUCGCACGGCCCCUACGUGUUCUACAGGGCGUUCCGCUUCCAGCGCCGCGGCGGCGGCCGGGCGCGGGUCCUCUCCCUCGGAGACUUCUUCUUCGUGCGGUGCCGCGCGGAGGAGCCCGCCUGCAUCGCGGAGCUGCAGCUGCUCUGGGAGGAGCGCACCAGCCGGCAACUUCUUUCCAGCGCCAAACUUUAUUUUCUCCCCGAGGACACCCCCCAGGGCAGGACCAGUGACCAUGGCGAGGAUGAAGUUAUUGCUGUUUCAGAGAAAGUUACUGUGAAGCUUGAGGACUUGGCAAAAUGGGCACAGUCCGACUUCUCCAAGUGGAAGUGUGGUUUCCGGGCUGAGCCAGUCAAGCCGAUAGAUGUGGGCAAGAAUGGACAGAAGGAGGCUUUGAUGAGAUACAGACAAUCCACGCUCAACAGCGGCUUGAACUUCAAAGACAUCCUGAAGGAAAAGGCUGACCUUGGUGAGGAUGAUGAAGAUUCAAACCUGCUAAUUCUCAGCUACCCACAGUACUGUCGAUAUCGUUCCAUGUUAAAGCGCAUUCAGGACAAGCCUUCUUCAAUAUUAACAGAUCAGUUUGUUUUAGCCCUGGGAGGCAUUGCAGUAACAAGCAAGAACCCCCAAAUCUUCUACUGUCGGGAUACAUUUGAUCAUCCAACUCUAAUAGAAAAUGAAAGUAUAUGUGAUGAGUUUGCGCCAAAUCUUAAAGGCAGACCACGCAAAAAGAAGCCUUGCCCACAGAGAAGAGAUUCAUUAAAUGGCAUUAAGGAUUCCAACAAUAAUUCUGAAAGCAAAGCUGUUGCCAAGGUAAAAUGUGAGGCUAAGUCAGCUUUGCCCAAACCCAAGAGUAACAACAGCAACUGUAAAAAAGGCUCAAGUGAGGAUAAAUCAAAGAUUGCCAUAGGUGAAGAAUGCAGAGCUGAUGAGCAGGCUUUCCUUGUGGCUCUCUAUAAAUAUAUGAAAGAAAGGAAAACACCAAUUGAACGAAUACCCUAUUUAGGUUUUAAGCAGAUUAACCUUUGGACUAUGUUUCAAGCUGCUCAAAAACUGGGAGGAUAUGAAACAAUAACAGCCCGUCGACAAUGGAAACAUAUUUAUGAUGAAUUAGGUGGUAACCCUGGAAGCACAAGUGCUGCUACAUGUACUCGCAGACAUUAUGAAAGAUUAAUCCUGCCGUAUGAAAGAUUUAUUAAAGGAGAGGAAGAUAAGCCACUGCCUCCAGUGAAACCUCGAAAACAGGAUAACAGUUCCCAGGAGGGUGAAGUGAAAACAAAAGUGUCUGGAACAAAACGCAUCAAAAAUGAAAACCAAAAGAGCAAGAAGGAAAAAGAUAAUGCACAGAAACCCCAAGAUGCAUCUGAGGUUUCAUCAGAACAAGAGAAGGAUCAAGAAUCAGCAGACCAGAAAAAUUUCCCUGAACAUCCUGCAGUGGGAGAUAUAAAACAACCCGUGCAAGGCCCUCCAUCUCUUUUACCAGAGGCAACUCGGCCACUGCCUCUGGAAAAGACAGACUUGACAGAAAACAGCACGAACAGUGAGAAGGCCAAGGAGGAGGUUCAGCACUCGUCCUCUUUUUCAAGUAUAUCCAUGCCCCCAGAAGAAGACAUAGUGCUGGAUGCCACCAUCACGAAACGAUUACAACCCCCAGCAGAUGUCCUAGAAGACACAAAGCCUGAACAAAAACUCCAGAAAGGUUUUACUGAGAGUUUAGAAAGCGAACCCCCAGAAAUGCCCUUCACGGCUUUUCCAGUCCCACUACCUACUCAGAGCGACAUGGAAGAUGACAAAUUGCCGGAGAUGGCCGAUUACAUCGCAAACUGCACAGUGAAAGUGGACCAGCUGGGAAACGAAGAUAUCCACAACGCACUAAAGCAAACGCCCAAAGUACUGGUAGUCCAGAACUUCGACAUGUUUAAGGAAAAGGAGCUGCACGGGUCCAUGAACGAUGACUCCACUUUUGGUUACACACCACUGCUCUACUCAAAGGGUAAUCCAGGCAUCAUGUCACCCCUGGCAAAGAAGAAGCUGCUGUCACAGGUCAGUGGUGCAGCCCUGUCAUGUAGCUAUCCUUACGGUUCUCCUCCCCCUUUGAUCAGCAAAAAGAAGCUGAACAGCAGAGACGAACUGUCCUCAAGCAUAUCGCAAGGUCCCCAUGCCCCUAAUUCUGAUCCUGUAGCAAUUAAUAGGCCCUCAGUCAUACAACACGUACAGAGUUUUAAAACCAAGGAAGACAGGAAAUCAAUUAAUGAUGUUUUUAAACAUGACUUGCUAUGUAAACCGGAUCCUCAGCGCUGUGAUUUUUCAAAACAUCACCUCAGUUCUCUUGCCGAGUCGUACGUACCGAAGACAGAUAUCCAGGACUGCAAAGAUAAAAUGAGUGAGAAAAGGGCACUGCAGCACUCCCAUGUGCCCACUUUCUUGGCAGAUUUUUAUUCAUCACCUCAUCUGCACAGCCUUUAUAGGCACACAGAACACCACCUUAAUAAUGAACAGACAUCAAAGUACCUCCCCCGGGACAUGUUCAGAGAGUCUGAAAAUAUUUCUACUUUUACUCAACACAAACACCAAGAAAAACUAAAUUUAAAUUAUCGCCCAUCUUUGCAUCAGCAAGAAAAAAAGGCAGCAGUGGAGGCCUCUUCAGAUGAUCAGCCAACAGAUUUGAGUCUUCCAAAGAGCAUACACAAACAGACUGCAAAAGCUCCAGGCUCCAGGCACCCUCAUUCAUCCAUGGCCCAGCAAGAAGGCAAAGGUAUCUCCCCGUUCCAGGCAGCGAGCAGCCAGGCAGUGAGCCUAGACUGUAACCCCAAAGCUUGCCGUGUGUCACCCAUGGCCAUGACUGCCCCGAAAAAACACAGCGAGUUGCUCCAUAGAUCUGGGAAGCAGCACACCCAGAGGCUGGAGAAUCUGAGGAAGAUGGAGGGCAUGGUGCAUCCUAUCAUCAGCCGCAGAACAAGCCCUCAAAACGUGGGGACCGCUCGGCCUUUGAAGAGGAGCCUGGAAGAUUUGGACAAAGUCAUUUCAGAAAAAAAAAUCCGAGCUGUCUCUCCUCUGCACUUACCAAAGGAGACUCCAGUGAAAGACAAGGUUCCCGACCCAGAAGGGGAAGGCAGCAAGCCGGUGCAUGGUCUCCAUUCUGGCAGCAUGCUGGAAAGCCACAAAUUUCCGCUUUCGGCCCCCAUCUUCCCAGGCUUGUAUCCGGGAAGCCUGUGCACAGGGUUGAACAAUCGCCUCCCACCCGGGUAUUCUCAUCCCCUGCAGUACUUGAAAAAUCAGACUGUGCUCUCCCCACUAAUGCAGCCUUUGGCUCUUCACUCCUUCAUGGUGCAGAGACAAUUCCUCACAUCCCCUGCAAACUCUCAGCAACUGUACAGACACUUAGCUGCAGCAACACCUGUAGGAAGUUCCUACGGUGACCUUUUGCAUAACAGCAUUUAUCCUCUAGCUGCUAUAAACCCUCAAGCCGCGUUCCCACCUUCCCAGCUGUCCUCUGUACAUCCCAGCACAAAACUGUAAACUCCCUCGCUCACAAAAAAACAGUCUGAGGAGAAAAGUUGUUAGCGACAUUCCUCCCCCUGCGACGAUGUCUUGCAGAUUUCACAAUCUGUAUUUUUGUCAAGCAGGACACAGUCAUACCGCGCCCAGCGGAGCGCUUCAGAGUUCGGAGACAGGACUGCUUCUUUAGUUCUGGGUCCCACAUCAGCCCCCUCGCCCUCUGUCCCUGCCCCUGCAAAAAAAGAAACAAAAAAAAAAAAACAACAAAAAAAAAAACAAAAGAAAGAAAAAAAUCAUUGGAUUUUGCGUAUGUGUUUUAUGAAAGGACCUUGUAUAUGGUUAAGAGCAGAUGUUCAAAGGGAGCCAUGGAAAUGCUGGCCCAGUCCUGAGCUCACUGAAAUCCCAGAUGAGGGCUGCGUUUGCCUUUCACUGAGCCGAGGACCAGAGGCCGUGCGUUGUUGCAAAUGAGUCAAGGACUCAAGAUGAACCUGGAAAGGAGAAGCAGGCCAAGAAUCUGUACAAUCAGUGGAUGUGCUUUUUUCGGUAACUUUUCCUGACUUUUAAAGAUUCAAUCAAUGCAAUGUAUAGUAAAAUGGCAAUAGAUUUUUCAUUUUAACACUAUUAGAACAGAAGGGUAAACACUGUUUAUUUGACUGUACAUAUCCACUUCGUAAACUACCAGUGUCACAUUUGGUCACAAUAAUUUAUAUAGUUUUGUUUGUCCAGUAUAUUCUGUGCUCUUUAUGUUUGGGGUUUUUUUUUGUUUUGGGUUUCUUUUUUUUUUAAAUUAAACAGUAUCAUUUUAUCCGCAACUUUUUUUAAAGGCUGUGGCUGUCCUAUUUUUUUUUUUAUGUGUUUGUAAUUUUUCCAAUUUCUUUAUACUUUUGAUCAGAGUUUUCGUUUCGUUUUUGUGGUAACGUUUACUGUUUACAAACUGAAGCAACUGGUUCAGAUUAUUCUUAAUGGUUAUAAACAUACUGUAGGUGAUGUUUUGGUGCAAGGAUGCAAACAAGGUUCCCUUCCCUGGGGUCGGUCUGCCCCUGCAAGGUGCUGAGCACCUCUCGCCCUUCUCCUGUUGUUGCAAUGGCUCCUACGCCGCUUCUCCCCUCCCACUGAGCUUUGCUUUCCCGUAUUGUGGUCCGUGAAUUUGUCAAGCAUUGUUACCUACCUAGGCUGUGAAACCCUCCUGCCUACCAGAGAAAUGGUCUAGAAAACAAAACCUCCAUGGCACAAGAUGCUGGAUGACAAAGGAGUACAGAAAAUGGAUUUGUGGUUUGCAGAAAUGUUGAGGAUUUCAGAAAUUAGGACAGGAGCCAAUGUUGAUUUGGAUCAGAGGCUUACGGGUCCUGUGCCUCACAGGCAGGCUGGGCUCGGUGGGAUAGGUAGGGGGUUGUGUGCAGCCGUUGAGAUGGUCCUUCCACACCCCCAUGGAGACCUCAGCUUCUCCCUGGGCAUCUUUUUGCAAGGGGAAAGCCCAGGCAAGGGAAGGCUGGGGUUUCCUAGCAAGAGAGCUUCCCCAUGGGUGUAUAUUCACUUUGCAGAACAUCACCACUACACAGCUGAGCAUAGACAUUGAUAAAGUGAAGCAAAACUUGGAAGCUUUUUACAAUGUGAAAAUUGGUUGUGAUUCAAACCAUCUCAGUUACUGUUCAAAGACAGCGUAAUCGAUAUGAAAAGAAAAAUGGAAACUCCUAAGAAACACUUUGCAUGCUAGGCAUGUCAUUAAAUUUUCCCGUGGUAUGAAGCCAAAUACAAUAUAUAAUGUAUCAUACUUAAUAUCCAAAGGUGGAAACCAGAAUAAUAUACUCGUCUACUGUUAAAGAUCCAGCUUCUUCAAUUAAAUACUUUAUAUUCCUGUGGUAAAGCUAUAUUUAAUUGAUUGAUAAACAGACUAGUAGAACUUAGAACAUGGAUGUGCCAGUAUGGAGGACAUCUCUAGUAAAGUUGCACUAGAUCUGAAUCACAUGAGAAUCAGGGGUGUGGGGAUGGGGAGGAGUGGGUGGGGGGAAGGGGAGAGAGUAUAGAAAUCUACAGCAAACAGAAGCUUGUCGUGUGUUUGGCGAAGCAAAUGCUUCUCUUUCUUGUUCCAGUUAAGUCGUGUGUCCUGGAGUCGUGCGUUUACACAGUGUCUGUUUUCCCUUUUGGUUACAUCCCGUGGGAGUUCGAUGGUCGCCUUUUUGGAGCCGUUGAGAGGCAGCAUGGGUCUAGGGGACAGGGAGAGGGGAGGAAGCCUCCUCGCUUGCCCCAUGAGGAAACUCUGGCUGCUGGCUGGGGAAGCUCAUAAUAUACUGGGCAGAACAUCAGGGCAAAGGAAAAGAACUGGUAGUAUAAAACCCCAACAGAAGCCAUGCAUUAUUUGUUUAAAAACUCUUGAACAGAAAUCUUGGAAAUCUUUCAAAAGACUACUGAAUUCUCCAUUGGCUGACAAGUCUUUUUCUUAAUGUCUUAAAUGGGUCUUUGUUUGCAUUGUUUGAGUUCAAGGGGCCUUAUUAUUGAAUGAAAUUGCACAAGGCUUUCUUUGUGCAAUCAAACCAUUGUUAUUGGUGGGUUUGUAAAGGAAACUGUGGAAUCUAUUUGGCAAUAGAGUCAUAAAUCUAUUUAUCAGAAUCCACUUCCAAGAAAUGUUGCAAUUCAAACGCCCUAUGUUCAGGAUUCAUUAGAGAUGCUAAAGGUUGUGAGAUUCAAAUGAGGAGGCCUGGCAGCAAACAGCUCACGUGUAGCUUCUGGCCAUACGCUGAGCUGGACUUCAUGAGGUGCUUGGGAAGUAGGGUCUGACUCCCUGUAAAAUCCCUACUCCUGGUGAGGCUGGGCGAGAACAAGCUGGUGUUUUGCAGCAGGUCUGUCUCGGAUGCGUACUGACCUGGCACGAGAAGUUUGCCUGUUGCAUUGGUGUCUAGGAAGUAGUUUGUCCCAGCUACAGCGAAGUCGGCUUGGCAGACCCUAGACGUGGUGCAGGAGGCGAGUGCUGUCCCUGCAUCCGCCAGCACCUCUGCCCUGUUCGGGGCUGCUGCCUCCGGAGACCACCGCUGGGGUCCCCUCACCGGUCCCCCACCCGGUCCCUUCCUUUGCGGUGGUCAGCGAGGUCACACUUGAGCUGAUUUUGCAGUUGUCAUUGUUUUAAUGAGCAUUGGGACUUCUUGCGCUGAUGUGAGGCUGAUGGCAUAGACAGCGCUGCAGUGAGCGCUUCCUGCCAUGUUUGCUGUACGCGUGGUUGAUAUUUCGCUCGUUCUCUUCCUCCUCCUCCCCUCUCCCCCCCAGCCCCGCAGUUUUAAAUAUGUUCUAAUAAUGGCAGCAUAAUCUACUAGCUGUUUAUACUUUUUUAACUUUCUUUUGUUGUAAAUAUUGUAUACUUUUUGUGAUUCAAGUUAUGUAGCCUAUAUGCUCUGUAAGGUGAUGAUUUGUAUAUAUAAAAAUGGCCCAGUAAUAUUAUAUAGUUUCCCAUGUAAAAGGUUAUUGAGUAACCUUUGUGUUAGUUUAAACACUACCAGAAAUAAAGCUGAGCCAACUAUAAACACUCAAUUUUUGUAUGUUUUCCAAAUUGUACUUAUUAAUGCUUUUGAUACUGUAUUAUGUGCCAAUAGUUUCCCAAUCACAUAGCAGGCAAAAGAUAUUUUGUACUUUUUGAUCCACUGUAAUAUUUAAUAAAAAA